UGAAAUAUUAUUUAUUUUAUUUAAAUAAAAAGCAAUGUUCAUUUUGUUCACAAUUUGUUUAGUUAAUUGACCUUGUUUUUUUCAAAAUAACCGAUACGAGUACCGUUAAAGGACCGGAUAGAUAAGCGGUAUCGAUAAAAGUAGUAGUACAGUUAAAACCUUAACGAUCCGAAUAGUCCAUUAAUCGAUUAUCAAAUUAGUCGUUUGUUGCAGCCCUUCUGUUAGGUCAAUUAGUAGGUCUGAGUAAUUGCCGGAAUAAAUUAACAGGCCUCCCGACUCCAACAAUGUAAUGCUCAUUUUAAAAGCUUUCCUAUGAAAUAUCAGAAAAGCUGAGGAUUUCAGAAAGUAGUUGAAAUAUUGUAAAAAAAAACAGCAGCUACAUGAACUAAUUACUGAUUUCUCAGAGUCAAAGAUCAAUAGCUGUGUGCAUUGCUGCUGAUUUUUUCUUACAAAACAUCAUUGUUUGCAAGGCGUGUUGGUGACCUUACAUGCAGUACUGAUGUAGAUUGUAGUUGUGGUUGCAUUAGAUAAUUGUGAAUGAAGAAGUUUCGUUGUAGACAAAAAAUUGACAAAAUGUUCUCUGAAAAAGAAGACUAAUGCCAAAGCUCUUCUUCUCCUUCACUCCGGGAAUAUUAAGCUUCAUGUCAGCGUUGAAAGUGCAGCAGCAGCAAAAAUGAAUUUUGACAGCCUACUCUCGGAAAUAAAUGGAUUUGGAACAUUUCAAAUCCAGCUGGUGUUGAUUCAGGCCUUGUCUCGAGUCACGCUGCCCUGCCACUUUCUGCUGAAUAACUUCAUGGCAGCGGUUCCCGAUCACCACUGCAACGUCCUGGGCGAUGGAGGCCUCUUCGGGAACUUAACACAGGAACAGAAACUUGGGAUUCCAGCGGGGCCGGACGGGACCCCGAGCUCCUGCCUGAUGUUUACAAAACCCCAAUAUGAACAUCUGGCGGGUUUCAACAGCAGCGACGAGGCUUUCACUGUCCAGUGUCAGAAAGGAUGGGUGUACGACAACAGCACAUAUAAAUCCACUUUGGCCACAGAGUGGGAUCUGGUGUGCAGCAGGAAGGGGAUGAACAAGGCAACAGCCACCAUCUUUUUUAUCGGUGUGAUGCUCGGAGCACCGUUAUUUGGGUUCCUGAGUGACAGGUUUGGUCGCCGCCCGCUGCUCCUGGUGUCUUAUUUGGGGACGAUGAUAUUUGCCGUCUGGAGUGCUUUCUCCACCUCCUAUGUGAUGUUUACCAUCAUGAGGUUCUUGACUGGCAUGGCCCUCGCGGGAAUAAGUAUCAUCUCCAUCGCGUUAAAUGUUGAAUGGUUUGGCAUCGAACACAGGACCUUUUCUGGAGUAAUCAUAAGCUUGGAUUGGACGAUUGGAAAUUUUGUUCUGGUUGGCAUUGCGUACUUUAUAAAAGACUGGAGGAUGCUCAUCCUGGCAGUGACUUCUCCCUUGAUACUCGCCGUGAUUGCUUGGAGGUGGCUUCCAGAGUCUGCGAGGUGGCUGCUGGCAAAUGGGAAGGCGGACGCUGCUCAUUAUUACAUAACGCAAUGUGCCAAGACUAACAACAGAACCAAGGUCAUGGCCACCGUCACACCUGCGGAGUUACUGCAAGCUGCUCAAGUUGAAAACAGAGAAAAUAAAUACAGCAUUGUGGAUCUUUUCAAGACCCCAAAUAUCAGGAAACUCUCCAUAUGCUUAGGGAUAGUAUGGUAUGGAGUUGCCUUCACAUACUACGGGAUAAGUCUGAAUAUCACUGGGUUCGGACUAAACCCAUACCUCACACAAUUCAUAUUUGCAUCCAUCGAAAUGCCCAUGAAGGUCGCUGUGUAUUUCUACCUGGAGAAAAUUGGCCGAAGGUCCGGUGAGGUGGGAGCCCUGCUGUCGACGGGGCUCUGCCUCUUCAUCAACUUAUUCGUUGCAAAAGAUAAGUGGAUCGUUCGUACUGUGGUGGCCGUCCUGGGUAAAUCGCUGUCUGAAGCCUCGUUCACCAUCGUGUUCCUCUACACAACUGAACUCUUUCCUACAGUCGUACGACAGAACGGUUUGGGCUUCACCUCCUUCAUAGCACGUCUGGGCGUCUCCAUCUCUCCGCUCGUCAUGCUGCUGGAGGACGUGUGGCACCUCCUCCCUGCGGUCACUUAUUGUGCCGUGGCGGUGGGAUCUGGUUUAGUGGCGUCUCUUCUUCCUGAAACUCUGAACACCUGUCUGCCAGAGUGCAUCGAGGACAUUGAGAAACCCAGUAAACGAUCAAGAGACAAACCAGCAGAGUCUGAAGUUGAAGCCAACACGGAUCUGCUUUUAACCUGCAGUGCUUCAAACGGCCAGCAGGGGGCGACUCAGCAACAAGAAGCCGUUGUGUAGAAGUCUUAUGAGAAAAUGACCUGCUUCUUACUUGAUUUAUUAACUCGGUUAACAUUUUCCUAAUUAGGUUAUGGUGCCAAAUGCUAUGCUGUAGUCUUCUUUAAUAUAUAAUGAUGUUCAUUUUGUAAAUCAAAGUACAAUUUAGAGUCAAAUAGCCGAUAAAAGAGGAUGUGCUUUAGGGAAUUGUCUGUGUUUUUCCCCCCUAACUUUAACCCUGAAUGUGUUUUUAGAUUUUGAAAUGUACUUUGGAUGUAUACAAUAUCUUGUACUUACCUUCACCUGCGUGCAAAAACACAACAGGGGCUUCAAAGAGCAGUAUAUUGGAGAAGCUGGAUUCAUUAUGCCUGUCGACAGUAUUUUAGUUUGACGUUUUUAUGAUUAUUGAUCAGUUGAUGUGAUGUGUACUGUUUUGUAACAAUCAUAUUGAUAAACUAACAAAAAAUACUUCAGGAUUGAACAUAUUUAAGCUGUACUGUAUACAUUGGCUAUACUGUAUGGAUAAAAGUCGGACAAUUGAAGAAAAAGAAGUGUAAAUGUACUUGGCAAUAAAAUUGUACCAAAUUAGAACACUAA